AUGAUCCACCUGAACUCGACAAUCUGUAGCAGGAGGAAACGAUUGGCGCUAUCCGUCUCGCUCUAUCUCGUCGUGUCCGAGAUGUUCGCUCUCGCUCUAUCCGCGCGGCCGAGCACCGCUCUCGACCAAUCGGCAGCCAUCUUCUGCUCCCCCGAGAGCAGAGCGACAGUGCGUACUCUCAUCACGAUCACAAGGAGACGACAUCUCGCCGCGCGAGGUUGUCGUUCCCGCGAAGAUGCUAUACAUCCACGACAUAUAUCUCAAUUGCGUCAACAGUCAACACCUCAUAAAGAUGUAAUUGGGCGGCGUCGAGGUCGCGUUCCACGGGCCAUGCAGGGGGCAGCCAGCGCCCCAGCUCCCCCCGCGGCUGAGCCACCUUCUGCGCAACAUAUUAAAACAGAAGUCAUCAGUGAAGCCAAAAUUGAAACUGACAACCAAGAAGAAAUGAAAAUCGAGCCGCACGAGACUCGCGCCACGCGAACUACUAGCAUAGAUAGUGAUAACCGUUCUGACAAAAGUGAGGAGGAAGAUUGUAGAAGGGCUCGCAAAAGGGCAGCUUCGUCAUCACCAUCACCUAUACCUUUGGAUAAAAGAACAGCACGUUUUGAAUGCCCAAAGUGUUUUCAAAGAUUCGAUUCGAUCAAUGCAUUCGAUCUUCACCGAUUUACAGCGCACGGUGAUGAUAAUAGAACUGGAUACGAUGACUACGUAGAUUAUUCCGUUAAAAAAAUCCCAGAAAUGUUGCGUAAUCGCCAUGUAUCGGCAUCAGAGCGAUGUGAACAUUGUUCCCGAGAAUUCCCUUCAGGACAUAUUUUGGAUAUUCAUAGAAAAACAUGCACAGCAUCCACAAGAAUAUCUAGCCCUGAUCGCGAUAGACGAGAAGAUUUUUUCGCUAAGCUUGAUCUUAGAAAUAGAUCGUUUGGCAUACCAGGCACAUUGACUCCACCGAUGGAUCGAUUUACACCAAAGUUUGAUGAUGGACUUACUAAUGGGAUAAGGCAUAUUGAUGCCGCAAGGGAUUUAGCUGAUAUUCAGUCGAUUCUUAAUGUUACUUCAGCUGGAAGCCUUUUGGAAAGAUUAACUGGAACAAGGGUGGCUUUGGAAAAUGCUGUUCUAACACCACCCGAUACUAUUGUGAAAGAACGGGAACAAGAAGAAACCCAAGACAACUUUGCUGCAGAAUUCAGGCGAAUGAAGCUUCGCGGUGAGUUCCCAUGUAGAUUGUGUCCCGCUAAGUUUCCCAACCUUAGAGCGUUGAAAGGACACAAUAGAGUUCAUCUUAGUGGAACAGGACCAGGUCCUUAUCAAUGCAACAUGUGUCCUCAUGCAUCAUUAGAUAAAGCAGCCCUUGUACGUCAUAUGCGUACACAUAAUGGCGAUAGGCCGUAUGAAUGUGCUGUUUGUAACUACGCCUUCACCACUAAAGCAAACUGCGAGCGUCAUUUACGUAACCGACACGCUAAAGUUACAAGAGAAGAUGUGAAACGCUCAAUUAUUUAUCACCCCUCAGAGGAUCCAAACAAUGAUGAAGUUAAUUCUAAAAUUGCUCGCGAAGAAGUCAAAAGGUCCCUUGCAUUUCAUACCCCUGAAGUGGAGAGACGCGCUGAGCCUACAGGACGCAGUACACCACUUACUCAUUACAAUCAAAGUUUCAUUGCCGAUAGACAUCCUGUUACCUCUCUUACGAAGGCUUUACCCGACACUUCCACUCUAACACCGAGAGAGGUUGAACAACCUAUGCCUAGAAUAAAAGUUAAAGGUAUCGGACAACUUACACAAAUACCCGAGUUCAGAACACCAGAAAUUUCCUUUAAAUCUAAUGAUAUACAAUCAGACCCGUAUAUCGAAGAUGUUCCAGUAGACCUUAGCACAAGUGAUAACAAUAGUUGUGAUGUUCUCGAUCUAAGUAAGAAAAAACGUGACACGGAUGACGAUGAGCCAAAAAUUUCAUCGCGCACGUCAUUUGAUAACUCUCCCUCUGCCGCUGCUACGGCUGCUUUUGAAAAGACAAGACUUCUGCUAGCUCAGCAAAGGCUUUUUGAAAACUCUCUACCUAAAAUAGAUCCCGCAUACUACGCAACUCAAUUAUCCCAAAUCUAUGCUGGUGCAGUACCUGGCCUACCUGGUCUGCCUCUUCCCCCAUCUUUCCCUAUCAAUCCCUACUUUCUUCAAACAUCUUUUUUUCCUCACCCAACUGAUUCACAAGAAAUCGCCGAAAUAAAACAACGUAUUCAGAAAGAGAUAAUUCGUGGUCUUAGUAUGUCUGGGGGGAGGCUAGUAACAAACGAACCUGAAAUUCAGCCUAAACAAGAACCAGAGGAAGAAGAACAAAAGCCUAUACCAAUUUCCACUACACCUACACCGCCUCCCCACUCUGAAUCUCCACGUCCGACAACAAACAAUCUUAUUUCACAAAACGAUUCUGUAAAGAUGGUAAUUAAAAAUGGUAUUUUAAUGCCAAAACAAAAACAAAGACGUUAUCGCACUGAACGACCCUUUUCUUGCUCUCAAUGUUCGGCUCGGUUCACACUACGUUCUAACAUGGAACGUCACGUUAAGCAACAGCAUCCUCAACAUUGGAGUGUCAGACGUCCAGCGCCUAGAGCGCCCCCGCCAUACCCUACACCAGACACUUUAGCCGAUCGAGUUAAAUAUGCACUAUUGGCUCGUCACUUAGAAAGACCAUUGCAAGCUGACCGAUCUCCAAUUAGAAGAGACUCAGAUGAAGUUGCUGACAAUGAAGAAGAUGAAGAUGAUACUUUGGUCAUAGAUGAGGAACCAGAAGAUCGGAAAACAGACGAACAUACUGCUGCACACCGAGCCGCAGCGGAAAUUCUGAUGGCCACUCGACAGCAAGAACUUACUAAGGACUUUGAUCUUAAAAUAGCAGGCAGCCUCAUUAAUAAGCCUGUCCCUAUUACUACAGAGAAAACAGAAACAGGCACUGAUCCUAUUCCAAGCCAAGAUAGCGUCUUGCCUGUGGUGCCAUCUCGUAGUGACGAAGAAGAAGACGAAGAAGGUCUAGUAGCAUCUACUAGCGAAGGAAAUAACUCUGGAAGCGAUGAAAAUAAAUCCGAAUCAGACACCGGAACACAACCACCGAAAAAGAAAUCUGCUUACAGUCUAGCACCAAACCGCGUAUCCUGUCCCUAUUGCCACCGUAAAUUCCCUUGGUCCUCUUCUCUUCGACGUCACGUUCUGACCCACACUGGGCAAAAACCCUUUAAGUGCCCUCACUGUCCUCUCCUAUUUACUACAAAAUCGAAUUGCGAUCGUCACUUACUAAGAAAACAUGGUGGAUCUGCUAAAGCGAUUCUCGCUGAACCUAUUCAAGAUGCUAUAACUCCACAGACUAAUGACAGUAGAAGUGUACCAGAAAGGCCGUUUAAGUGUGCUUCUUGCCCAACCAGUACAUUUUCGUCGUUGGAGACGUUAAAAAAGCAUAUGGCCUCUCGACAUGGUAGUGGGGAUUCCCAACCGAGCUCUCCAAACCCUGAGGAAGAUGGGGAUGGGAAUUUAGUAUUCAAGUGCCACCUUUGUGAAGCGUCAUUUGGGGAGAGAAAUGGGGCGCUGGGACAUUUGGCGUCCGCUCACUCCUCAGAAUAUGAACAGCUAGUGAGCAAAGGUGCCUUGGACGCGGCGAGCGACCGCAGCGAAAGUGCUGAUGAUGACGAACGAGGAAAAUUUCCAGACCAUGCUAAUAGAAAGGUUGUAUGUGCGUUUUGCAUUCGUCGCUUCUGGUCUGCAGAAGACCUCCGUCGUCACAUGAGGACUCACUCUGGGGAAAGGCCUUUCGCCUGCGAUCUGUGCAGACGAAGGUUUACACUCAAGCAUAGCAUGCUGCGGCACAGAAAGAAGCAUCGAGAAGAUACGGAUGAUGAGGAAUCAUCACCCAGAGAUGAUGGAACUAAUGGAUAUCGCUACCAAGAAGACGACGGUUCCGGGAACGAGAUCCCCAGCAACGUGAACAACAACAACUCACCGCCCUCCGCACCCUACGACAAGAAGCUCAAACUGGAAAUGACGUCUCGCAAAUAUUCCACCGAAACGGAAAACGAUACUGAAAACGGAACCGACCUAAUCGGAAAACUUCUAGGUAUUCCAGACAAAACUAUCAUAAACAAACUUCUAUCUUCCCCCGAUGAAGCCGCAAAAUUCCUGGGAGUCAAUAAA